GGGCGCCAGCGGCCGGAGGACGCCCGGGCUGCGGGAGGCGGCUCCGCAGCGCCCAGGCACACCGCGGGGCGCUCCCGUCGGGGGUUCGGUUUUUUUUGCAUCAUCUCCGAGCCCGUUGACGAAAAACAACAGCAUCGAUAAAUAAUAACAAUAAAAAAAAAAGGCAACCCAAGGAGCCCCCCACAAAACAUGUUGUGCGGAAGGACUUGCACUGCCUGGCUGCGCUGGUAGCGUUAGCGCUCAGGAAGAGCCUCGGGAGCUGCAGGAUCUCGCUCGUCUGAUGCUGCUGCUCAAGGUUUUGCUGCAGGGAGGCAAAACUGCCGCCUCCUCCACCCGCUGACCUCUCCACAUCUGCAUUUUGCUGCUGCUGCGCUUCGUCUCACCCCCUCUCUCCAUGGACUGACUGAAACAUGACGUCGCCAGCAAAAUUCAAAAAGGAUAAGGAGAUCAUAGCUGAAUAUGACACUCAAGUGAAAGAGAUCCGUGCCCAAUUGGUAGAGCAGCUGAAAUGCCUUGACCAACAGUGUGAGCUUCGGGUCCAGUUACUGCAGGACUUGCAGGAUUUCUUCCGCAAGAAGGCAGAGAUUGAGAUGGAUUACUCAAGGAAUUUGGAGAAGUUGGCUGAGAGAUUCCUGGCUAAAACUAGGAGCACCAAAGACCAGCAAUUCAAGAAGGAUCAGAACGUGCUCUCACCUGUCAAUUGCUGGAACCUCCUGCUAAACCAGGUGAAGCGGGAGAGCAGGGAUCACACCACCCUCAGUGACAUCUAUCUCAACAACAUCAUCCCCCGCUUUGUCCAGGUCAGCGAAGACUCGGGGCGCCUGUUCAAGAAGAGCAAGGAAGUGGGAUUGCAGCUCCAGGAAGACUUGAUGAAGGUCUUGAAUGAACUCUACACGGUCAUGAAAACCUACCACAUGUACAACGCUGACAGCAUUAGUGCCCAGAGCAAACUGAAAGAGGCAGAGAAGCAGGAAGAAAAGCAGAUUGGGAAGUCAGUGAAGCAAGAGGACAAGCAGACACCACGCUCCCCUGACUCAACUUCCAACGUCAAGUUUGAAGAAAAACACGUUCGACGAAGCUCUGUCAAAAAAAUAGAGAAAAUGAAGGAGAAGAGGCAAGCAAAGUACACAGAGAACAGGCUGAAGGCAAUUAAGGCAAGAAAUGAGUAUCUGCUCGCUCUGGAAGCCACCAAUGCAUCUGUAUUCAAGUAUUACAUUCAUGACCUGUCUGAUCUCAUUGAUCAGUGUUGUGACCUGGGAUACCACGCUAGCCUCAACAGAGCUCUCAGGACAUUCUUGUCUGCUGAGCUCAACCUGGAGCAGUCGAAGCACGAGGGGCUGGACGCCAUCGAGAACGCCGUGGAGAACCUGGACGCCAACAGCGACAAGCAGCGCCUGAUGGAGAUGUACAACAAUGUCUUCUGUCCUCCCAUGAAGUUUGAGUUUCAGCCCCAUAUGGGCGACAUGGAGUCACAGCUAUGUGCCCAGCAGCCAGUCCAGAGUGAGUUAGUGCAGAGGUGCCAGCAACUGCAGUCCAGGUUAUCUACACUGAAGAUUGAAAAUGAAGAGGUUAAGAAGACUAUGGAAGCUACACUCCAGACAAUCCAGGAUAUAGUCACAAUAGAGGACUUUGAUGUCUCUGACUGCUUUCAGUACAGCAACUCCAUGGAGUCUGUGAAAUCCACUGUCUCAGAAACGUUCAUGAGCAAACCCAGCAUUGCCAAGAGACGGGCCAACCAGCAGGAGACAGAGCAGUUCUAUUUCACAAAAAUGAAGGAGUAUCUGGAAGGCAGGAACUUGAUAACAAAGCUCCAAGCCAAACACGACCUUCUGCAGAAGACCCUGGGAGAAAGUCAAAGGACUGACUGCUCCCUUGCCAGUGGCAGGCGCAGCUCCACCGUGCGGAAGCAGGAUUCCUCCCAAGCCAUUCCCCUGGUCGUGGAGAGCUGCAUACGAUUCAUCAGCAGACAUGGUUUGCAGCAUGAAGGAAUAUUCAGAGUGUCUGGGUCACAAGUUGAAGUCAAUGACAUAAAAAAUGCAUUUGAAAGAGGGGAAGACCCAUUGGCUGGAGACCAGAAUGACCAUGACAUGGAUUCAAUAGCAGGAGUUCUGAAGCUCUAUUUUCGGGGGUUGGAGCACCCUCUCUUCCCCAAGGAUAUCUUCCAUGAUCUAAUUGCCUGUGUCACAAUGGAUAAUUUACAAGAGAGAGCUCUCCACAUCCGGAAGGUGCUUCUGAACCUGCCCAAGACCACUCUGAUUGUCAUGAGAUACCUCUUUGCAUUCCUCAAUCAUUUAUCUCAGUUCAGUGAAGAGAACAUGAUGGAUCCCUACAACUUGGCCAUCUGCUUUGGGCCAACACUGAUGUCUGUGCCUGAAGGUCAUGAUCAGGUCUCUUGCCAAGCUCAUGUCAACGAAUUGAUUAAAACCAUCAUCAUCCAACAUGAGAACAUCUUCCCAGGACCAAGGGAGCUGGAGGGUCCAGUCUAUAGCAGAGGUGGAAGCACUGAGGAUUACUGUGAAAGUCCUCACGGAGAGAGAGCCUCAACAGAAGACUCUGUGCAGGAUGUUACAGCUGAACACCACACCAGUGAUGAUGAGUGUGAGCCCAUAGAAGCAAUAGCCAAGUUUGACUACAUUGGCAGGACUGCUCGAGAGCUGUCCUUUAAGAAAGGAGCUUCUCUCCUGCUCUACCAGAGGGCCUCAGAUGACUGGUGGGAGGGACGUCACAACGGCAUCGACGGCCUCAUUCCUCAUCAGUAUAUCGUCGUCCAAGACACUGAGGAUGGUGCCUCUGAGAGAUCCAGUCCAAAGUCUGAAAUAGAAAUAAAUUCUGAGCCACCGGAAGAAAAAGUGACUGCUAGAGCUGGUGCCAGUUGCCCAAGUGGGGGUCACGUCGCAGAUAUUUACCUUGCAAACAUCAACAAGCAAAGAAAGAAACCAGAGUCAGGCAGCAUCAGAAGAGCCUUCCGACAAAGUGAGAGCCAUGGACUAGGUAGCUCAAUGGCAGAACCAGCCUCCCCAGGAGCCAUAGCCGGUUCCAGACCCUCAUCUCAGCCCAUUAUGAGCCAAAGUCUUCCCAAGGAGGUUCCAGAUAAAUGCUCCAUCAGUGGCCACGGCAGCCUCAAUUCCAUCAGCCGACACUCAUCCCUGAAGAGCAGGAUGGACAGCCCGCAGAUCCGCAAGGCUGUGACAGCAGGGAGGUCCAAGAGCUUCAACAACCACCGGCCCAUGGACCCUGAAGUUAUCGCGCAGGAUAUUGAAGCUACUAUGAACUCUGCUCUGAACGAGCUGCGGGAGCUGGAAAGGCAAAGCAGCGUAAAGCACACGCCAGACGUUGUCCUCGACACCCUGGAGCCUUUGAAAACCUCUCCAGUGGUGGCCCCCACCUCGGAACCUUCCAGCCCUCUGCACACUCAGAUCCUCAAGGACACUGAGCCAGCUUUCCAGCGCAGUGCCAGCACGGCCGGGGACAUCCCGUGCACCUUCAGGCCAGUCAAGUCGGUCAAAAUGGCCACCCAGGUGAAGCCGCCGGCCACGCGGCCCAAGCCUGCAGUGUUCCCCAAAACAAAUGCCACGAGCCCUGGCGUUGCCUCCUCUGCAUCUCAGCAGCCUACUGAUAAGUCCUGUACUGUCUGAUAAACUCGAUGCUGCUCUGUGGAUAUAACUGUCUGGGUUCAGAUGAAGAGACUCUACUAAAGACCUUAAAAUUCCUAUUUAACAAAACCGUUUUUGAACUCCUGCUGGAGGUUAGUUGUGAACUGCUGCUUACUGCUGGGAGCACUUCCUGGGAGUAAACCAAGUGGUAACAACCUCGUCCCAUGGACCACCAUCAGUGAUGUUUGUAAGGCAAAACAGUUCAUGCCACGCUUGGGAAAUCCAGUCUCAGGUCACUGUGAAGCUGAGGAGGAAAACGCUCACAAGAUGAGCUGGAGCUUGGUUUCUAGUUGAUGCCUUGUUCGGGUGUUUGGCCACUGAGAGAAAUACCUAGUGGCACCAUGUUUUUGAAUCCUGGUGUAGUGACUUAUAUAUUCUGUGUUUCAUUUAUUGCAGGGAAACAAUAGGAUAGAUUUUAGUCUAUUGCAUGUUUUGGUGCCACUGGUUACGUGGAGCUUGGACAUGCCUGUUUCUUGUGCAUUAUUAUGAUUAUUACGUCGCCUGCUGGUGCCAUGGUGGUUAAGGGUCUGUCUCGACUUCCAUCACAUCCUCUGGUUUUGUUUGUUUGUUCCCCCAUUCCUCUCCCCCCAGGGCCAAAGCUUUUGGCCAUCCUGCCUCAUCCUUUAGUCGACACUUGUCAUGAAAACUAGUUUACUCUGGAACACUCUUAGAUUUUGUGGAGUUAUACGUAAUAUGUGUCUGUGCAAAUAUAAACAAACAUGUUCUUGAGGUUUAGGAGCACAAGAAAGAGCCCAGUUGUUGCUUAUGGACAAUCUAGCUGUUUCCCCCCCUUUGCUCACCCGUAUUUAAAACCAGCUUUGUUGUUUUUCAGUGUAAUUUUCAGCCUGUGGGCUACGAUGUGGUGUGUGGUCUCAGGAGACUGAAUGUAAAAACAAGUUAACUUUUGAAAACAAAGCGUACUCUGCUGGGAGUUCAUUCACUAACGCACACGUUCUUCUUUUCAUCAUCCAUCAAGAUGGAUCCUUACCAAGAUCCCAGUUACAAGCACUGUAAAAACUUCAAUCAGAAGUUCUCAAGCUUUGUAUCUUCUCCUCCUUUCUGGUUGCAAGUGCUUCAGUCGGUGGCUGUGACUGCUGUGAACUGCUCUAGGGGUCUCAGCUCUUGUAGAGCAAACGCUGCUGGGGACAGUGACAUGACAGCAUGUGGCUUCUGGAGUGGCUUCCCAACGUGUUCCUUGGUAGGCUGGCAUGCCUUGCAGACAUGUGAAUGAAUUUUUCAUCUUUGUAUUUCUCUGGUAGGCAGCAAAUGCUUCAGCCAUUCCCAGGCUGCAUGAACUCUGAGCUCUGCUGGGAAUUGUCCACGAUGCUCACCUUGAUUUAAUUUUUUUUUUAAAAAGCAUGUGACAGUUACAACAGUGAAGAAAAUCUUGCAGCCCUUCCAGAGAGGAGACCCUGGCUGGCCCUCAGUUCACCUUGUUCCCAAACUUUCCUGGGAUUUAAAAAAAAAAAAAAAGCUGCACAUCUUAUGUUUUCAUCAGAUAAAUUCAGACAAAGACAAGAUAAGAAAAGUCAUUUUUCUUCUCCCAUUUAACUGAGUUUCUUUUAAAUGUGUGAUUUCUCACACUUAGCUUCCAUGUGACUGCAAUUUCGUUUUAAUUGGCACUUAGUAAUUUAAAAAGAAGAAAUGAAACUUACAUUUCUAAGAACAGUUUCUUCAAUGUGCUUUUCAGAUGCAUUUAGGACAUAACUGAGAGAAAUGAAGAGGGUUUUACUGUGUCCCUCUCCCUCCCCACAUACACCCCAUCUCACACAUAUAAGUGAUGGGAUUUAAAGACAAAAACUUUCUCUGGGCCCUAAAUUAAGAACAUAGGAAGUUUGGGGAAUGCCAGAAAGAGUUCAGUGAGAACACUAUAUUAUUAAUUUCUCCUUAGCUGAUCUGUAGCAGCAGCUGCCCUUGGGAAGCCCAGCAUGUGUGACUGUCACUGGACCUUAACCCCGUUCCCCAACAGUGCAACCAGCCACCUUUGCUCUCAGGUUCUGAUGGACUUCUACCACCAAGGAAUCACUUGUUCUUUUUGGGAAAAAUAGAAUCAAACUUGUAAUUUUUUGCUCAGGCAGAACUUUCUGGCAUUUACUUUAGGGAGUUUUUGGUUUUGUUUUCUUUUUGGUCACAAAUGACCAAAAUUAAUCUGUGUCAAGAGCAGGAUCUCUGUAUGUUUACUUUGACUCAUUUGUAAUGCCUUAUUUUCUUUAUAUUUUUAUGCCUAGCAUUCCUGUUUCUAAGAAUAAGUGUUCAACCAUGCACAGCACAUUUGGAGGAGAUGCUCUUUUCUAUCUUUGAGGUCUGAAGUAUGAAUGGAAAUUAAGAUUUAAAAAAGACUUCAGGUGACUGUAACAGCAACUGUCUGUAUGUGAAUUACUGUGCUUAUCUCUAGCAUCCACAGCUCUGGGACAAUCCUACUGUCAAGGGGAAUAUGCUUAGCAGGAUAACCUGUGUAUUGAGCAACUCAACUGGAAUUUUGGUGUGCACUGUGAUUGACACUUCCACUUACAAGCAAUACAGCAGGGUGAAGAUUGUCCUUCUGCUUCCACAUGCCCUGGGCCAGCUGAAAAUCCACACAGACACAUGGGAGACUAAAAACAAAAAAAAAGGGAAACUCAUAGCUUGUCUGCUUCACUCUGUGAACAUACAAGGCUGAGAGGACAUUUACCACAAGUGUUUUAUGAGCAGUUGCUGCAGGAGAGGGGGGAAGCAGAAACUGGAAAUGUUGGCACCACUCCCUGCAAAACCAGCGGGCGUCUUGUAGGAGAGACUGAUGUAGAGUGGACAAGUACAACACAGUGGUUUGCUUGGGGAGGUAUCAGUGCUACUUCAUAUCUUCCUAUUCAGGAGAAAUAUUAGCUCUUCCAUGGAAAUUCUCUUUCAUGAUUUUUAUGUAAUGUUUGUGUCAAAUAUAAAGACAAGAAGUGUUUGAUAACUGGAAUAACGUAUGUCUGUUUGAUAGUGCUUUGUAUGAACAAAGGAUUCUUGUUCAUCAGAUGUUGGAUUGAAAUAAUCCAAAGCAAAACUUUUAAAAUAAAAUGCCAUUUUAGGUGAUCAAUCUUAAUAGUUUCUGAAGCUCUAACCUUUUAUGUUUUAUUUCCCUAGUUGGGAAUUGAGCAGUGUGCUUUAACCAUUGCUGAAUUUCUGCCUCUCUAAGGUAAUCCAAAGGCUCACAGUUUCUAACUUGUGAAUUUGUGUCUCAUGUCAAAGCAGUGGGACAUGAUCAGACUCUCUCACUUUAUCUGUACUGGAUAUUUUGUUGCAAUGAAAGUGAUUAAAUAAUUAGAGUGCACUGUGACAGCAGAAAAAAAAAAAAAAAAAAGAAGUUGUAUAUGUAUGUAUUUUGAUACCUGUUCAAAAAGAGUCUUUGGGUUUCCUGUGCUGAAUACCUCAUCUGUUGGGUUUGGGGAGUUUUUGUUGAUUUAUUUUUCUUUUAAGGCAAGAUUGUUCUUGCACAAAAGUAGGUUAAGAUAACCAAGUUCUCGUAAAUUUCUUUGCUUAAUCAAAACACUUCAGAAUUUGGCAAGAAAUUCCAUCUGUUCUGGUUCCCCACCUUGCACUUGGUACCGGGUGAGCAGGCACCUGGGCUAGAGCUCUAGCAAUAUUAAGACAAAAGCAGUUGUUGCAGAUGGAGUUUGCUGCCUUAUUUCUCUUCUUCUGUGUGUCAAAACCUCAAAUGCAGUUGAACAGUUGUGUAGCUUUGGGGAUUUGCUAAGCAUGUGAGAGAUGUUCUUCAACAGAAAUCAGUGUCUCCAGUUAGCACUUGGCAGCCUUUCCAUACACAUGCCUGAUAGACUGGGAUGCUCUGUCUCCUGGUGAAUACCUAGUGAGGGGACACUAGAGAGGAGAUGAUGCUCUCAGCAGGGCACAGUUUGCUAGUGAGGCAACAGUAAUGGUGGAAAAAUGCCCAUCAGGAGAAUUUGUCUGAUCAGCUGGGUGAGACAUUGAGCUGUCUGGCCCCUGUCCAGCCCAUGGGUGAGAUGGACUGAGGUUCAGCACAACCUGCAAGGUGACAACACAUUUACUCACUGUGCUAUGAACCACAAGCUGGGGAAACUGCUUUUCAAAAACCCAACAAACAGAAGCAUUUGGGUGCUCCCAUCACUAAUGAGCCUGUCCAGAACAGAAAAUGAGUUUGAUAAGCUGGGCAUGUAUUUAUUUUGAGAUUUUAAAUUUUCACCAAAACAAUGAGCCUUUUUGUGGUCUUAUCUGGCCUUGGCUGACACCCCACAAAUGCAGUUCUUGACAUAAAACUGUUUCUUUAGUGGACCAGUAGCACUAGGGCCCUCUCAGAAGGGAGGGAUUUUCUCUGGUGGGUGAAAGUUGUUCCGUGCAGGUCUGGGGAAACACCGGGCGCUUUACUGGUGCUCUGGACUUGAACUUUGGGAUUUGAGCUUACAUAUCACUUCCGUAGAUAAUCCUCUCUCUGGAUCAGCUUUCUGCUUGUCUCUCUGUGUGUCCAACAACCUGGUACUUGAAAAAAAUGAAUACUUGAUGCACUGCCUGGUGCCCUGGGGCUGGGAGCGCUCUGCCUCCGCUGGCCGCCCCGCCACAGGGCAGGGGAAUUCUUUUCCAGGCUUGGUUCUAGGACCCUAAUUUUGGUGGAUCUAGAGAUGCCAAAACAGCAGUUCAAGGCCUGGAAAACGUAAGGUUUGUUUUUGUGUUGGGAUUUGUUUGUUUGUUUUUUCCUGAUCUAUUUUGUGCUUCCUAUAAUGUAGUUUGAGACAGGAGAGUGUUGUUUUUCAACGAUGGGCCAAAAAGAGGUGAAGGUGGAGAGGGAGGGCAGCUCCCUACUGUACUAAUACUUGAUGUACCAAGCUUCAUACAGGGUAAAUACUUAGCAGUUUGCAACGGAAAUAAUAGAUGGACCCUUCCUUUUGAAGGCACUAUAGUAACCUUACUUCUGAAGUGGACUUCACCAGCCUUUCUCUCCAGGCAGAGUCCUGUUAUUUGAAUAAGCAAAGUCCAAUGGGGUUGGACUCGUGCAUGUGCCAAACUGCUGGAGCAAUAUUUGUGAGCAGCAGGUCCUUCAAAAGACCAGCUCUGUGUAGCCAAAAUUAGGGCAAUUCUUGAGAACCAUCUCUGAGGUGUUUCACAGGAUGGCAGCGACGUUGUGGUUCUGCUGUAACGUGGGGAAGUUUGGUGGCAAAGUCUAGAAAUCUUUGUUGUCUGUGUUGGUCUGAAACCUCAGUCCUGCAGUAGUGGGCUAGGGCUCGUGGGGUGCGUUGGGGUUUGGGGUUUUAUUCACAGCAGUUGUUUAAUGGUGGGAUGGAAUGUUCUUGCUAAAUUGGUUUCCAUUGUCUCAUGUCUUCUACACCGAUAUAUAUAUGGUGUAUAUAUUAAACUGUGUAAAAUUGUACUUUGUAUAUAUAACUCUGUACAAUAUGGAGGUACAUCCUUUUUUGUUUGGGUUUUUUUUUUUCUUUUUGGUACAGUAUUGUACAGUAUUAGGAAUGUACGUGUUGGAAAUGUUCAGUCCAUGCUGGGGCAAGAAAAAUGUAUCCGUUGUCAUUAGCAAUAGUUUUGGAGAAAUAAAUGUUUUGGGUAUGGUGGAAACGCUGACCUAUGGACACCAGUA